ACUUUGUCUUUCCUCAUGACAGAUUUCUAAACCAAUAAAGUCAGCCUCCGUAGUCUUUUUUCCCCGCUGCCUUGAUGUGCACUGCACAGAAGGGAAAAUUGGUAUUUCGACACUGGUUAGCGAGCAGCAGUAGUCCUCCUCCUUGCGAUUUCUCUUUCUCCUACCUCCGCAUUUUCCUAAGGUAUACAGUAGAUGCUCUCUUAUUGAUCGCUUGUAGGCUUCUACUUAUGCGAUCCUUUAAGACCCGGUCCGUAUGAAAAGUAGUAUGUUCUGUUAUUGUGCUUUUAGCUCCGCUGAUAUUCAGGUAAGUAUGAGGUGCAUCUGGGUGGAUAAAUAUCCCAUUUUUUGCGGAUUGGCAGUGCGGGUCGCAAGUUGAAUCCCAAGUGAUGAACCAACCCGGGUGCAUCCUUGCAGGCGUGGUCUCCGCCCAUUCGUUUUCGUUCCGUAGUCGCCCCGUUUUGACGAUGGAGUCCGCAGUAUUUUCUUUUCUCCCCGUUCUCUUUCGCCCUUCUAAAUGGAGCAGCGUCUCUCGGACGACCGUAAAACAAAAGCAUUAGCUAAUGCUCGUCGACUCUAAAAAUAGGCAUUACUCUCUACUACUAUAAAUAUUAGAUGGAAAAGAGAACUUUAAGAGUUAUCUGGUAGGCUACAUUUUCUACCACUUUGUUCAACCCGGUUUAUUGAAACUUUAGCAGGAAAUCGUUUACGUUUUGUUUUCGACUUUACUGGAAGAAAAAGAAUGAACUGUAUCGUUUUAAUAAAAGAAAUGGUAUAAAUCCUGAAUGAAGAAGUUUUUGGUACCCCAACUGUUACUGGCUGUGAUGUAACGCGAUUCCUCUGGGGGGAAAAUUUUUCACGAUACCAACAGGCACCCCUUCCCACGCUCUCCGCCCUCAACUUUUCCCGCAAUGUCACACAGGCAACGAGUACAUCCUCUUCUGUAUUUUGUAUCCUCGACAUUUAUCUUUUGCUUCUUUAUUUCUCGAUUCUCGAUUUAUUCGUUUCUUUUAUUUCUUUCAAAGUGCGCGCUCUUUCAAAUCCUUCCGGUUUUAUGUCUGAGCCUUUAUUUACAACUACAUCCGACACGUAUGACAUGAUGGAGAAUCAGCUAUUACCGAUGGAAAUCCUCUUUUGUGUUUACUCUAUACUAGAGACUAAAUGCACAUCCUUUUUUUAUAGUUCAUCAGAUUGUAUGGCGUUUAGUUUUUACAAUUUUCUGCCUAGAGGCUAUUAAUCCCGUUGUUGCGCCGUUGCAAACACAAAAAGAAGCUCUGUCGCGUGACUCAGCGUUUUUUUUUUCCCGUAGUUGAUGACAAAGAGCGACCGUCGUCAUGCAAGGACAUGAGACGCAAAAUGCCCAGCCAGUCAUAACUCGUGCCAUCUCGUGCUGUCGGUCGCGAUUGUCGGCACGAGCUAUGAGGUGAUCGAUCGUCGGGUGUGUGUAGGUCUUUCCUGCCUCCGCCGUCCUGUUACUUCCUUGAGCACGCACACAUAUUCCAGCUCGUAGGGACAUUGGAAUAAGCCUUAUACCACAGCGGCGGACUAUUCCUCUCUUAUUUCCUCAUUCUUGCUUUUAUCUUUUCUAUCUUGGGUUGCCCGGCUUGCUCCACCGUCAUCCCUCCAGCUCUUUGCUGAAACUGCGGCUGACGCUCUGCUCUUUGGCUCUCUUCUCGCUUUCUCAUCUUUAUACGAAAACAGGUCCCGAUCGAUGAAACGUAACACACAGUGGUGGCCUUCGUUCUCUUUGCCCCGUCGCAUCUCAUACGCCACUUUAUAAUGCUUUGGAGCUUUUGCAUCCGUGUUUUCUUCAGCGAGAAUGGUACCGUAGGUAGUAGGUCAUUUGGUCUACCGGAUGAAUUUUUCAGUUUUCUUUCCUCCGCGAGCAUCGCUGAUGUAUACUGGCGCAUUCAAUCUUCUUUCUGGAUUUUCAUUAAAGUCCAAAGUAUCAACUCCCACGGACGAUCUUGUGGUUCACGUCCUACCGACUCUAAUUAUUUAAAGUCACUCUGCAAUUCAUACCUUGACUGUAACCGUAAAUAAGAAUGUAUUAUGCAAUGCUCCUUGAAACGUGAAUACCCUAUCCGCCUUGGCACUACCCCACAUUCGAUCGAUCGUUCGUAUUUUCCCUCAUCUCUCUCAGAGUCCAUUCGUCCGAUCGAGUACCAAUAACUUCAUCGGAUUGCAUUACAAGGGUUAUUAAUUUAUGCAUAGUUGGUCGUCUGUGUGGGAAAGGGGGACGAGUACAUGAAUUCUAGAAUCACGAUUGUAUUUCAUUGUCGACUGUUAUGAUGAUGUAGAGAAUAUCAGUAACUCUGGUUCUCAUCUAGCCAGUAAAAUUGUGGAAGUUGAAACUUCCGGUGGAAAAAGACUUAACUUAGACAAAGCUCGUCAGAAAUGAAAUACCAAUCGUCCUGAAAUAAUAAACUAGCCCGAGUACUGCUGCGCCAACGCAUCACAAACUUUGAAACGAAGUAACAUGAUUUAACAUUUGUCGUGUGCACCAUUGACGCACGAGUCUUUCCCGAGUGUUGGCCUACUCUGAAUAUUUUUCUCUGAACGGUCGCAUUUAUAUAACCUUCACCCUGGUUGGUUGUAUAAUUAAUGGUAAUUUUUUUAAACGAAUUCUCAUUGCAGUUUCUCAUUUUUCAUUAUCUGUGUAGAUUAGCAAAAAAAAAAACAAGACUAAAAUUCUGUUAUCCUUCCUUGAUAAAUCAUUUUAGGUUUAGCCGAUGUGCCUAUUCAAAGCCUUGCGUUAUUUGCGUAGUCAAAACCAAAUUUGAGUAGCGCUUCCGGCAUCGAUUGCUCAGUUCAGUGAUUAUAUAAUGUUGAAGAGGGGAAAUGAUUUUAAGAUGAAAGAGUUGCUGAAAUUCAUCUAGAAAAGUGUUUAGCCGUUAUUGAGGAGAUAAAAUUUCCCUCCCACAUUAGCACGGGAGAAUGAAAUCAGCAUUUCAACUCUGUCGGUCGAUUUUUAUCGCCCCCGCGUCUUUCACACAUGUUUUCCCGACACUAUCAGUUUUCCCAUUGAAGUUUCAAAGCGCGUCCAGCAUGGGCGUUUUCAUGAAGGUAACGAUGCUGGGCUAAAAGACGGACAGAAAAGGAUAUGAGGGCGAUCCAAAAAAUCCAGCUACUGAAGCUGCUAAUGAGGCACCUCGUUCUAGACAUCCUGAAUAGAAAGGAUAUGCUCUGCGUCGAUGAAUUCGCAAGCUUGCAAGGAGUGCCUGCAAACUGCAUUUCUAAAACUUUGUUUGAAAUGACUGUGUAUGUAUGUAAACCGUUCAUAUACGUAUAAUAGUUUUCGUAGAACGGGGGGGGAGGGGGUUUAGAUAUGCUACGCGCAGCUUUACUAUUCAGUUGUUGUAAUGCUGAUACGCCCCCGCGGACGGUGAACGACGUGAACGCCGUUUGUUAUUCAUUUGCAGAAUUGAUCCAGUCGUGAAAACAAAUCCGCUUUUUUGUUAUAUGUUGUGGGGGGGGGACGCGUAUGUUCACCUAAUCUCAACGGCGAUUCCUCCGCGCAGAAGUAGCAAGAAAUCUAUAGUCUACGAAAUGUUACUAUGUUAAUUCCAGCAGUGACGAUUCUUCUUGGAAUUAUUUGCGGUGGCGCUUUCUGGAAAUUGUGAUUAAUGUUUCCUUGGUGAAUCGAUAAGCAGAGUUGCAUUCAACUACUGCGCGGACUUGUUGAAUUUCAAAAUAUUGACGUAAGAAAAUGGAUAUUCAGUUAACAAACCUUUCUGUGUGCGCUGUUGCAGUGACCGAUGUAUCGAUUGGCGAGCGUGGUAUUUAUUUAUUGUAGCACAGUGCACUCAACUGGCCGUCAUAAUGCGCCUGGGGAGUUCUUUUAGAAUGCUGACACUGUGCUUUGAUUCAAGAGUAUACCACUACUACCAGACCAUCAUCGAGAUUGGAGCACACGACUGCUUUUGUUCCCUUUGCCAAGCUCUCUUGGAUGUUCAAGAAGUAGCCUUUACACUACCCACUGAAUAUAUAUAGUGCUAUAGCGAAGUUCUCUAGCCAAGUUUGUAUAGGCCUAGUGGUCUACAUAGUCCAGUUGACAUCGAUGUUUACUAAUAAGCAGGUUCCCGAGUUGUUUGCGAGUACUCUAUUGCCUACUAAAUAGAGCUCCUGCGCAAAUGUAAGUGACAAUGGCCUCCGUCAAAUUAUUCAUGACUUGAUUGUCUAUAUUGCUUUACAUAGAGAAUGAAUGCAUACCUUUAGGCUGUGAUAUAUACUGUACAUAAUCAGAGAGGCACGUACUAUACACUCCGAUAAUCAUGGAAAUGGUUUCCGAUGCGGGGGUUGAAUUAAUGAGUUUCCUGCGUAUUCUGAAAGUAUCUGCGGAUCAAGCCAAUAAUGUUCACGUAUCGACCGCAGUGAUUAUUGUUUGCUGCCGCAGCAAGAUCUCCGAUGUGCGUCCUUAUAUACGCACUAUCAAGAAGCAAGGAUCGAUAAUGGGAUUACUAUUUUCAUUACUCGUACAACAGUACACAGUAGUCACGGAGAUGUAUAAAAUAUCAGAGAGAAUGCCCGAACAUUUGUUCAGUUUCAUCAGAUGCAUACUUUUUGAUUCCACCUUAUUCUCUCAUUUCUAAUAACCGCUGCGGGCGUGUGAAGUUACGUAUAUUGCGAUUGAGAUUUCGAAUCGUAGUUGGCAUAUCCACUAUCUUUGAAGGUUCUCUCGCCAGAUCGGAAACCAAUAAUACUUCAUUUCCUCGAAUACUCAGUUCUUCUCGGAUGCGAUCGUUGAAGCGUCGACGAAGCAAUAACUUUCAUAGUUAGCGGAUGAACGCCUUCGCUGGGUGGGCAAUCAAUCCAAUGCAUGCGUUUCCUUUAUGGUUUAAAUAACAGGACUUUCUAAAAUAUUUAAUAAUGCACAGUCAAUCAUCUCUCGAGGCGCAUUUUCCUUUGAGAUUAAAGCGGUGAAUGAAACGAGUUAGAAAGCUAGGCCCUUUUUUGUCAGUUAUCUAAAUUCUACUUAGGUGAAUAUCUCUGUUGCAGCGUGUGAUAUUUUUUCGUUGGGCAAAAACUAACUAUAAGUUGACAUGGAAUAUAAACCGGAAAAGUUCCUACUAAUAACAUUGCUGCCUAAUAAGAUGAAGCAGACCGGGUUGAUUACCUGGAGUAAAAUGUUUUACGAUUUAAAGAGCGCGCGCCAUCUCUAUUAGUUUUUACUUGGCAUCAAUUACGUUUAGACAAAACUCUGCAUGGACAACAAUAACAUCUGUACUACCUCGAUGCUGACGGGGGUUUCUCAGAAGAACACAACUACCGUAGCGAAUCAUAUUAGUUUUAUGAAAUGAUUUUUUGUGUUAGCGAAGCAAAAUUGGCAAUAAAAGCUUUACAAAGCUCCCCCACGCACUCACACUGGCGCCACUUGAAAAUCUCGGGAUAUAGCAGACGAACUUUGUGUUUAUUAUUUUUGUUGUGACGAUUUGACGGAAAUUAGGCAGUUGACCAAUGAGAUUUCGAAUGGUGUCAACGUCAACUCAUUCUUGAGCGUUUUAUUCGUUUCCUUUCAUUUCAAUUCCAUUUGCUGCCCGAUUGUGUUUUAGUUGGAUUUAUCAAAGUGUUUCUAAUGGAGGCGGGGUUUGGAGUAGUAGAGUAAUUUUUCCUAGCCAUGUCAACAGAUCUUCAAUAUAGAAAUGAUUGGAGUUUCAGGAAACUGUGCCUUUGUUUGUCAAAUUCUGAUCAUACCACUAAUUGUUCUGCCUUUAAACCAUCCCUGUCUUUCACUUUUGUCAACUUGGGGUGAAGAUUUCCAACUUAAAUAUUCACAUUUCCCGGAAAGCCUGAGACUAGAAAUGGUCAAUGAAACAAAAAAAAUGUUCUAUUUUGGAUACGAUAAUUACAUGAAUCUUGCCUUUCCGUUGGAUGAGCUCAACCCUAUUCUAUGUAGUGGAAGAGGACCAGAUUAUGAUAAUCCAUCAAAUAUUAAUAUCAAUGAUGUCCUGGGAAACUACUCUCUCACUUUGAUUGAUUCCCUGGACACCCUUUUGAUAAUGGGAAAUAUCUCUGAAUUCAAAAGAGCAGUCAAGCUUGUAAUUGAAAAUGUCUCUUUUGAACAGGAUUCUACCAUACAAGUUUUUGAAGCUAGCAUUAGACUCUUGGGUGGUUUACUGUCAGCUCACCUUCUAAUCAUAGAUAAUUUCAAAUACCUGGGUGAUUUGGAACUUGAUGAUUAUGACAAUGAAUUAUUAGACAUGGCCCAUGAUCUUGCAGCCAGAUUGUUGCCUGCCUUUGAUAAUACAAAAACAGGAAUCCCUCAUCCAAGAGUGCAUUUGAUUAACGGUGUUCCCGUUGAGGGAAUUACUGAGACCUGCACGGCUGGAGCAGGGACACUUUUAGUUGAAUUUGGAAUUUUGAGUCGGUUAAUCAAGGAUCCCGUUUACGAAAAUUAUGCCCGAAGAGCUGUCAAGUCAUUGUGGGAUCUCAAAAACAAAGACACAGGCCUUUUAGGUAAUACCCUGGAUAUUCAAACAGGACAAUGGACUGGGCAGUUAAGUGGCAUUGGAGCUGGCAUGGAUUCAUAUUAUGAAUAUCUCUUGAAGUCUUUUAUAUUGUUUAAUGAACCAGAAGACCUUGAAACAUUCCAAAGUAGUUAUGAGACCAUCAAAGCUUACUUGAGAAAAGGCCGACAAAAAUGUAAUGAUGGUGAUGGGGAGCAUCCAAUAUAUGUCAACGUCGACAUGAAAAAUGGAGCAACCUCGACCACUUGGAUUGAUGCACUUCAGGCGUCCUUUGCUGGGCUUCAGGUAUUAUAUGGAGAUGUUGAAGAAGCCAUUUGCAGCCACGCUUUGUAUUUCGCGGUUUGGAAAAAAUGGGACGCAAUACCCGAACGAUUCAAUUGGCAACGCAAAGAGCCUGAUGUUUCGUUCUAUCCCCUGAGGCCAGAAUUUGCCGAGUCCACUUAUUUGCUCUAUCAGGCAACCAAAAACCCGUUUUACUUGAGAGUUGGCCAAGCCAUACUUGAAAGCCUUAAUCUCUACGCUCGAGCGCCAUGCGGAUAUGCAACGCUGCACAGCGUCAUUGACAAGUCACAGGAGGAUCGAAUGGAGUCUUUCUUCCUGAGCGAAACCUGCAAAUAUCUAUAUUUACUCUUCGACAUUCAUCAUCCAAUCAACACUAAUGCGGAAAGGUACUUGUUCACCACAGAGGGACACGUCAUCCCAAUCACUUCCGCUUUGCGCCCUUUCAAUUGGGAUGGCGAUGAAGUAGAUAGUCACACAGGGAGAUUGUUGCCCUCUUCUCGAUACAGUCACCGACGUCAUGCCUCUCGAGUGUCCGAUUCAGAUGUGGUCGCUGUGCCGAAUAAUAGCACUCAUAGGGUUUGCUCUUCGGUGCAAUUAGAACAUGGCUCUCUUCCGCUGAAACAACGCUACCUCGUUCAGUUAUUUGAUACCAUUGGAGCUGAAUUAUAAUGGUGAAUUGAUCGAUUCUUAUGGAUUAAAGAAAAGUGGCUUAAGUAAUAGGUUUUGCCGUUUUGGGGGUCCCGGUUUUUUCCUCUUGAGAUCCAACAAAGGAUCCAAGUAUAACGUUUGUUUGUGAUUCCAUAGUCUUAGAGAAGUCUUGGCCUUUUAUGAAAAAAAAAAAGAAACCUAUUUAAUAAGCUCUUUAUAUACAGAUUGAAAUACAAAUUGAAUUUAUUGUUAAA